AUGACUUCAAUUUCUCUUAAAUCAUUAACAUUAAACCAACAACUCUUUAAAAAGAUUUACUUUAAUAUCAAAGGAAAACAAAAAUCUUCAGCUGAAUAUAAAUUACUUGGACAUAAUAUAUACCAAUGGCUGUUGUAUUACGAUCCAAAUUACACAAAGAAUAUUCUCUUAAGCAAAUUAAUGGAAGAUAUUGAAGAUAUUUUAGAUACGAUUCUGGGUAUUUUAGAGUUUAUGAAAGCUCCAUCCUCACUAUUAAGUCAUAUAAUCUGUAAUGCCAACAAAUUCCUUCGUCGAACUGGAAUCAUGCACAGUCAAUUAUUCAACUUAUUGCUAACUAGCACCAUCGUAACCAUAAAGUUCUGGUCAGAGAGCAUUCCAAUGAGAAAUAGUAUGUUUGCUGACAUUUUCCGAUUCGAAGUUAAAGAUAUUAAUGUAAUGGAACGCCGCUUCCUCAUUGGAAUCGAUUACAAACUCGCCAUUACAGAGAAACAAAUAGAAAUUUUCUUCCGAUUAAUGUCAACAUCUGAAAAAAAACAAUCAAAAUAA